AGAGUUGGCUGUCGUGCACCGGAGAGAGUCCGUCGGAGGGCGCGACUGCCUCUUGGUAUAGUUACAUAGCACCUUAUUACAGCGUGAAUGGUCGGCAGCCAGUGAUCGUGUGUAUGAUGAUAAUCGGAAGUGGUAGUUGCAAUUCACGAUUGCAUUUAUCAGUAAUCAUGACAUCUUUUAGGAGUGGUGCAGCAGAGAAUGUGCACAUAAAGCGUAAGCGCAGUAGAAUCCGAGGUGGCGGCGAGUUUUGGUCAGGCACCUGAUUUGAGUUUCUGGCAAAUGUCCCAAAGGUCAACCGGUGCUUACUACGCCAUCCCGCCCGAACUAUUCCCACCACCACCACCACCGACCUGCAGGCAUCCACAAGGCGCGUUUUUGUACAUCGCCUCUUGUUAAAGGAAUCAGGAAUAAAAUCACUGCUCAAAGAAGUUACCUGAGAUAUGUCGACUACUGCUAGACGGAGGCUGAUGCGCGAUUUCAAGCGCAUGCAGCAGGACCCGCCUGCCGGUGUCUCCGCAUCUCCUGUAUCGGACAACGUAAUGACCUGGAACGCUGUGAUCAUUGGCCCGAACGACACUCCAUUUGAGGACGGAACCUUUAGAUUGCUGAUGCAAUUUGACGAGCAAUAUCCCAACAAGCCGCCCUCGGUCCGCUUUAUCUCACAGAUGUUCCAUCCGAAUGUGUACGCCUCGGGGGAUCUGUGUCUUGACAUCUUGCAGAACAGAUGGUCGCCUACAUACGAUGUUGCUGCAAUUCUGACUUCUAUCCAGAGCUUGCUGAACGAUCCAAAUACUGCCAGUCCUGCGAACGUCGAGGCUUCCAAUCUAUACAGAGACCAUCGGAAGCAAUACGAAAAGCGAGUCCGCGAGACCGUCGAGAAAAGCUGGGAAGAGUCAUAGUUCUGAUCGCUCGCUCACCCCCAUCCUGCUAAAACGUGUGAUGAUUGCUAGCCAGUGACGCUUGAUACUCCAAUUAUAUCGUUUCACCAGCACUUUUUAUUUUCAUUUGCUUCUCGCUUAGAAGAGUCUUGGUAAAAGAUCAGCGACUGAUCCGCUGGAGCAAGUUGCUGAACAGUGUCACACUUCAUGAAGAUUUAGUUGCUAAUAUCUAGGGUUUCUGCAUUUGCUCUUUCUUUUCUCUUUGUUUUCGUUUUUUUCGUUUUCAUUUAUACUCUUUGUAAUAUUGUUGGUUUCUAUGUCAGGAAUAUGGCGUCAAUGAAGUAUGCUAGUUUUGGAACUUGAUUGUCUGUAGUUCUGCGCAUAUUCCAGAAAUUUCGUAAAUCAAUC